AACCUGGCAACAACAUCAGAAGAACCAUCCUCAACAUAUAACUAAUUCAAUAAUUCAAAAGCUCAACACUUUCAAUGGACAUAGUAACUUUGAUGAUGAAAACGUGAUAGAUUAUUUUAACACACAAUUGGACCAAAGUAACUUUGAUGACGAAAAUGAGAUAUAUUCUGACACACAAAUGAAUGAAUUUGAAGACCAUAAUGAGGGUAGUAUAAAUAUGGCAGAGACAUCUUUAUAUACGGAAAUAAUAGAAAACUCACUUCAAGAAUAUAACGAGUCAGCGCCAAAUAAGACUUUAGUUUAUAAGCCAAAAAGAUUAUCAACAUUGCAACUAGAUCAUUUGUCAAUGGAUGAUCAAAGCGAUGACAAUAAUAAAUUUAAUAGCUCUAAUCAAAGCAAACAAGGUAGUGAUUCCAAUCAAAGUGACGAAAAUAAUAAUUCUGAUCAGGAUGAAUAUGACAUUUAUGAAGAAAUCGACAUCAAUGAGGAAACUGAUAAUGAAGAUUAUGAAAGAAUUAAACUAUCUUCGUUAUUAAAUGCUAAUUCAAGGUUACCAGAUACCUUUCCAGAACUAUCAUAUAAUCCA